AUGGGAAAUAGCUUAAGGUGCUGUUUGGCUUGUGUUCUUCCAUGUGGGGCACUAGACUUGAUUCGAAUAGUGCAUUUGAACGGCUACGUGGAAGAGAUUACACGUUCAAUCACGGCGGGAGAGGUUCUCAAAGCAAACCCUAACCAUGUUCUGAGCAAACCUAGCUCUCAAGGAGUUGUUCGCCGGAUUUUGAUCCUCUCGCCGGAGACCGAGCUCAAAAGGGGCAGCAUCUACUUCUUGAUCCCGGAAUCUUCGCUGCCGGAGAAGAAACGACAUGCCGGAAAAGGAAGCACUGAUGGUGACAGUGAUAUGAAAAAUAAAGCAUCAACAAGGAAGAUCUACAAGGGUGAUAGUAACGAUUUUUCCUCACUUUCACUCAAAGUCUCUCACAAAGAGAAAAAAUCAUCGCAUCGUGAUCGUCGAAAAGGUCGCAUCGGAAUAUGGAAACCUCAUCUAGAGAGUAUAUCCGAGGACUAA